AUGUCCGGUUCUCAGUUUGAAUGGCCGUGGCAGUACAGUUUUCCCCCAUUCUUCACACUUCAACCAAAUGCUGAAACCCGCAGAAAGCAACACGAUGCGUGGUGUCAACUCGUUUUAGAUUAUUUCAAGUCUAAAAAUCAAUACACGGUCAGUGUGCCCAGUAUUCGCGAUGCAUCGUGUCCGUUGUUCCACAAUAAAGAUAUUCAACGGACGGCAAAUGCAGAAUUAGUCAGUAGCGUUCUGGAGGAAUUGCGCAGACGCGGGAAUCUGGAGUGGGUAGACAAAUCACAUAAGAAUGCACGCCUAAUCUGGCGAACUCCUGAGGAAUGGGCCGACCUAAUUGCCAAAUGGGCCCGUUCCACUGGACACGGGAAUGCGGUUUGUACGCUGUAUGAAUUAUCGGAAGGAGAUGAGACGGAACAGGAGCCGUUUCACGGUCUGGAUCCAUCGAUUCUUUUAGACGCCCUCAAAUGUUUACAGCGUAACGGGAAAGCCGAACUGAUGGGCGACGAGGGAGUGAAAUUCCUCUGUCACUGA